AUUGAAGAUCACUAAGUCUGUUAUUUAACCAUGAGGCCAAGAGGAAGGAAGUUUUUAAUUUCGACACCUGUCAGAAAUUGCAAGUCUAACAACGACCCCCAAUCUCUGGACAAUUCAAAUAGACUUCAUACAUUGUCAAUUAUUGAGCAAAGUACUUUAAACCAUUCAGGCAGUGCUGAAAAUAGGCAGACCUCAGGUUGCUUCUUUGGUCUACCAUUACGUGUAAAAGAGUUAUUUCAUGAACUUCGAGGUGUGACGAAAUUGUAUGACUGGCAAGUAGAGUGUCUGAAUUUAACAGCCGUAGCAAAUGGGUCUAACCUGGUGUAUAGUUUACCUACAAGUGGAGGGAAAACUUUGGUCGCAGAAAUUCUUAUGCUCAAAGAACUUCUGAUUUAUAAUAAAAGCGUGCUUUUUAUUCUACCAUUUGUAUCAAUAGUUCAAGAAAAGGUCCGAUCACUUACACCAAUGGGUCUAGAACUUGGAUUUUGGGUAGAGGAAUAUGCCGGUAGUCGUGGGCGAAUCCCUCCAGUUAAACGUAAUGGAUCAUAUUCUGUUUUGAUGGCUACCAUCGAGAAAGGGCAUACUAUCGUAAAUUCUUUGAUUGAUACAAAGACAUUGGAUAGUCUGGGAUUAGUCAUUGUGGAUGAGCUGCAUAUGAUUGGUGAUGGUGGGCCUCGUGGUGCAUGCUUAGAAAUGAUCCUUACAAAGUUACGUUUAUCUUCUCCUACUACUCGGAUUAUUGGUAUGAGUGCAACCCUUCCCAACAUCUCUGAUUUGACCGACUAUCUAAGUGCAGAAUUAUAUGUCAGCAAUUUUCGUCCAGUCAAACUAAUUGAAUACGUAAAAGUUGGUGAUCAUCUAUAUGAGAUUACUUCUACGAAAACAUCUCAUUGUACAUCUGAAGGAAAUGAUUUCACUGAUAGGCUUGUUCAUUGUCGUAUGGUAGAUUUCCAGUAUACAAAAAAGAUGCUUUCUAGAGAUCCGGACCACUUAGUUGCCCUAGUUGCAGAAACGUUACUUGGACAUUCAAUGAGUGAUUGGUGUUGUAACAGGUUAUUUCAUACCUCAUUUACUCGAUCAUCUAAAGAAAGGUUUUCUUGUUUAGUAUUUUGUCCAACCAAAGUACAUUGUGAAAAUACAGCUAAAAUGUUAGCGGAACUCCUUCCUGUCACUGCUUGUUUUCCUCACUCAAAUGAUGAAGAUUAUAUAACCGAGAAAAAUCUUGUUGAACAAAGAUCAAUAUUGUUAGACAAUUUACGUCUCGAUUAUACAAUUGAAAACAAAGAUUUAAAGGGAGGAGCUCAAACACAUUGCCCAGUUUUGGAAUAUACAGUUCCUAAAGGGAUAGCUUAUCAUCACAGUGGGUUGACGCAGGAAGAAAGGAGUGCACUAGAAACUGCCUAUAAUGAGGGAGUAAUCCGAGCGCUGUGUUGCACAUCUACAUUAGCUGCCGGUGUUAAUCUACCUGCUAGGAGAGUAAUCAUUCGCAAACCUUAUGUUGGCAGUUCUUUUUUGUCCAGUACUCAAUAUCAGCAAAUGGUUGGACGUGCUGGUCGUGCUGGUUUGGAUACUGUUGGUGAAAGUAUUACAAUAUUGCAACCAAAUGAACGACAAAAUUUUGCUCAUUUGUUAUCUGAUAUAUCAGACCCUGAUGACACUAAACCACGUAUUGGAACAACUGGUCUAUGUAGCAGCAGCUUAUUGUAUGAAAAUGGAAAGGGUCUACGACAAUUUAUACUUUCACUUAUAGGUCUUGAAUUGGCCGCAACUUACCCAGAUAUUAUUUGGUCAUGUGAAAAAACGUUAUUGGGUGUACAGUACCGAUUAUAUCAACGCGGAGAUUUCGAUGACCUAGUUCGCACUGAAUUGAAUACGCUGAUUAAAAUGGAUCUAAUUGUGGUUGUGUCAGUUGAUGCAUAUCUCAGGAAAACAACUUCAGUUUUAGAAAAUAUUGAGUUGGAAAAAGCUCGAUUCCAGGCAACUAAAUUGGGUAGAGCAUCUGUAAAAGGUGGAAUCGAUACAGAUCGUAUUGGACCAUUAAUAUCAGAUUUUCGUAUAGCAGCAAGAGCAGUAAAUACAAGUGGUCCAUUACAUUUACUGUAUUUGAUUGCACCACCGGAUGUUGUUGAUACUAUACAAAUUGACUGGAGUCUUCUUUUUGAUCGUAUCAGUAUCAUGCCACAAAAUGAAGCUAAUUUAAUAAGUCUUUUGGGUUUUCCUGAAGGAUAUAUUUUGUGGAAAGCUACUGGCUAUCCUAUCAAACGAAAGUUAGAUGAACGACCUCUUCGUCGAUUGUACGUCGCUCUAGCUCUCGCCGAACUAUGGCAGAAUAGAUCAACAUUCCCAAUAUGGUAUGUAGCUGAACGAUACAAAUUUUCACGCGGUGCUCUUCAGUCUACUCUAACUUCAGCUGCAUCCCUGGCUAACUCAUUGGCUCAUGCACUAGCUAGUGAAUUUUCUGCCGAUUCAGAACUAUGGGCAUUUGCACACCUACUUCCAGAAUUCGCCAAAAAACUGGCUUAUUGUGUUUCUAGUGAAUUAUUUCCACUGAUGGAAUUACCAGGAGUGAAAAGAGCCAGAGCCCGACAGUUGUAUAAUUUAGGCUACUGCACUUUGAAAGAUAUAGCGUGUGCUAACUCUUCUGAUUUAACCAGUCGCAUGGCUCCAUAUAUGUCUAAACGGGUUGCAAAUGAAAUAAUACAAGCAGCUCAAAUGUUAGUAUCAGAGAAAGCUGAUGCUCUUUUCCAGGAAGCUAACGAAAUGAUAUCUGGAGUUGGGACAAAAAGUUUGCUUUCUCAGAUGGCUGACUACUUGAAGUACAAACCAUUUUCUCCCAAAUUAGCUGGCUUAAGCAAUGUCAAUAAAGUUAAAUUUGGUUCAUUUGGUGCUGAUUUUGAUGAAGACGAAGAUUUGUUUGAGUGAUAAUUAAACAGAAUGCUUCAAUGCUAACUUAUAUGUCUAAUGUCUAGUCUUCUUAUAACAAUGAAUAAUCUCUAAAUGCUCUCUGAAUGCCUAUUGUCUUUCAUAAUGCAAUUUAAUUUUUGGUUUGAAUUUUUUGUCAGAUUACUGAUUAUUAUUGUUCUUUUUAUUACAAAUGAAUGUGAUUUUCGAGGAAUACAA